AUUGGGGCGCUAGGCCGGGGAUCGGGGCGGAAGAUCGGGGCACUAGGCCGGGGAUCGGGGCACUAGGACUGGGGGUCGGGGCGGAGGAUCGGGGCUCUCGGUGGAGGAUUGUGCUAGGCCGGGGAUCAGAGCGGAGGUCAGGGCGCUAGGCCGGGGAUCAGGGCCGGGGAUCAGGGCGGAGGCUCGGGGCGCCAUGGGGAACAGUAAAAGCGGGGCGCUGUCCAAGGAGAUCCUGGAGGACCUGAAGCUCAACACCAAGUACACGGAGGACGAGCUGUGCAAGUGGUACGAGAGCUUCCAGAAGCAGUGCCCGGACGGGCGCAUCAGCCGGGCCGAGUUCGAGAAGAUCUACGGCAACUUCUUCCCCAACUCGGACCCCAAGGUCUACGCCCGGCACGUCUUCCGCAGCUUCGACACCAACGACGACGGGACGCUGGACUUCCGGGAGUACAUCAUCGCCCUGCACCUCACCUCCUCCGGCAAGACCACCCUCAAGCUGGAGUGGGCCUUCUCCCUCUUCGACGUCGACCGCAAUGGGGAGAUCAGCAAGAGCGAGGUGCUGGAGAUCAUCACGGCAAUAUUUAAGAUGAUUCCCCCUGAAGAGCAGAAAAUGCUCGCUGAGGAUGAAAACACCCCCCAGAAACGAGCCGACAAGCUCUGGCACUAUUUCAAAAAGGGGGAAAACGACAAAAUCGCCGAGGGGGAGUUCAUCUCCGGGGUGAUGAAGAACGAAGCCAUCAUGAAUCUGAUCCAAUACGAACCCAAGAAAUAGGAAGGCCGAGGUCCCGGGCCGGGAGGGGAACAGCAACCUGGGGGGAGAGCAGGCGCCACUCCCCCACCAUAUGCAUGGAGUGAGCGAGAAAACGAUUGAGAAAACAAUGAAAUGAAUGAAUGAAACAGGACAUGCGAGAGGGGCCCAACCCAUCUCCAGGCAUACGCUGCCAUGUCAGUCUUCACCCCUUUCCCCGGGUAGCUGUAUCCCUCCUCCAACAGACCAUCCGCCGCUUCCAAACAGGCUGUCGUGGGGGGCCUAGGGAGGGGGGAUCCCGCCCCAAGAGCCCCAGGGUGGCAGAAAGGAGCAGGGGGAAAGCAUGGGAGAUGAAAGAGGAUGAUGAGAAAGGGAGGAUAGGAGGAAGGAGAGAAAGAAAACUGGAGCAAUGAAGGAAAGAGGAGGGAUGUAAGAGGAGCGAAGGAAGGAAUGAGAAAGAAUGGAGGUUAAAAAGAAGGCAGGGCGGCAGAGAAUGGGAAAUGAGAGGGGAGAAAUGGCCGAUGGAAGAGAAGGAUCACACAAAGGUGCUGCCAGAGAGGCACCGAGAUCAGGGCCCCGUCGGGCUGGGUGCCGCCCAGACACAGAGUCACUGAGAUUGGGGCCCCAUUGCGCCGGGCGCUGCCCAGAGUCGCUGA